AUGUACCAGAUUUGGCUGCCUCUUGACAACUGGAACUUCCGUUAUCUCGCUAUUGGGGGCGGUGCUUGGGCAGCUGGGCUGGGUCAAUUUGAUCUUGCCCUCCCUGCUUCUCAAGGCUACGCUGUCUCUUCCACCAAUGCUGGUAUCAGUGGGAAUCCAAUCGAUCCGUCAGACUGGGCCUUGAAGCCUGAUGGCACUGUCAAUUAUGGCCUUCUCCAAAACUUUGCUUCACGAUCUGUCCAUGACAUGGCACUUAUUGGCAAGUCAGUUGCAGCGUCUUUCUACAAGGUCCCGGCGACGAAGGCAUACUUCAAUGGCUGCUCUACUGGGGGCCGUCAAGGCUUGGCGGCAGCACAGCAUUAUCCAAGCGAUUUUGAUGGGAUUCUGGCUGGAGCUCCCGCCAUCUACUGGUCGGAGUAUGUCAUGGCAGAACUUUGGCCUCAAGUUGUCAUGAAAGACGCGAACUAUUAUCCAUCGACUUGCGAGUUGGAUGCUUUUGUAUCAGCAGCCGUGGAAUCUUGCGACGGAAAGGAUGUAGUAGUGGAUGGCGUGGUUACAGAGCCGUUUACGUGCGAGUACGACCCCUUCGCCCUUUUCGACCAGAGGAUUGAAGGUGCAUCGCUUACCGCUUUGGCUGCUACUAAGACAGUGAAUGGCACAAUCACUGGUGCGCCAUUCUUUGUAGCUGAUACAUGGGUUCGCAACUUCGUCAAGGCGGACCCAAGCUUUGACACAUCGGAACUCAGUAUCUCUGACUUCGAAAAACUGUUUUCAGAGUCCCGAGCUAAGUUUGGUCAUAUCAUGGAUUCAUCAGAUCCCAAUCUCCAUCGAUUCAGGACAGCGGGCGGAAAAAUGAUUAUUUGGCAUGGCCUGAGCGAUCAGUUGAUUUAUCCUCAGGAUAGCAUCCGAUACCUGACAGAGGUUGAGAAGAAGUUCAAGUCCAAGGGAAAAAGUGAGGAUAUGGAUAACUUUCUUCGCCUCUUUCUUGCUCCCGGAGUUGAUCAUUGUGGGUUCGGCCAAAACCCUGGUGCUGUACCAACAGACCCCUUUGGGGCCCUGCUAGCCUGGGUGGAAGACGAGAAACCUCCUCAUACAGUGGAAGCACAUACGAAGCCAGACGCAUUGACCCAGUUCUCAAGAAAGAUAUGUCUUUAUCCUGAAAUGGCAAAAUACAAGGGUAGGGGAAACACGAGCUUCUCCAAGAACUAUAUUUGCGCCACUCCUUGGAGGCAUUGA